UGGGCUGUGGCCGGGGAUGCUCCAGUUGGCGCGAGGGCCCCUGCCAUGCAGCCGGCCGAGAUCCAGUUCGCCCAACGGCUGGCGUCCCACGAAAAGGGCAUCCGGGACCGGGCGGUGAAGAAGCUGCGCCAGUACAUCAGCGUGAAGACGCAGAAGGAGACAGGAGGUUUCAGUCAAGAAGAACUCCUAAAAAUAUGGAAGGGGCUCUUCUAUUGCAUGUGGGUGCAGGACGAACCCCUUCUUCAGGAGGAGCUAGCGAACACGAUUUCCCAGCUCAUCCAUGCCGUUAACAACUCAGACGCUCAGCACCUAUUCAUUCAGACCUUUUGGAAAACCAUGAACCGAGAGUGGAAGGGGAUCGACAGGCUGCGCCUGGACAAGUACUACAUGCUGAUCCGUCUGGUCCUGAGGGAGUCCUUUGAAGUUCUGAAGCGGAAUGGCUGGGAAGAAAGCCGAAUCAAGCUUUUUCUCGAUGUCUUGAUGAAGGAAGUCUUGCACCCUGAGAGUCAGUCUCCUAAUGGAGUGAAAUUCCAUUUCAUUGAUAUCUAUCUGGAUGAACUAUCCAAAGUGGGAGGGAAAGAGCUUUUGGCAGAUCAGAAUCUCAAGUUUAUUGAUCCGUUCUGCAAGAUUGCUGCCAAGACCAAGGACCAUACAUUGGUGCAGACUAUAGCUAGGGGUGUGUUCGAAGUCAUUGUAGACCAGUCUCCUCUUGUGCCUGAAGAGACCGUGGAGGAACAGAGGACUAAAGUGGGUGACAGUGACCUCUCUGAAGAAGAGACAGCUGAAAACGAGUUGCUGUGGAGAAAAACCUACAGUAAAAAGACAGCACAAGGCAAAUACCACUCCAGAAAAGAUGGAAUCAGUGAUGAAGGUGAGAGAGACGGUGGCGGAAGCGUGGAGGACACUGGGCCACUUCUCCAGUUUGACUAUAAGGCUGUUGCUGACCGACUCCUGGAAAUAACCAACAGGAAAAACAUCCCUCCCUUCAACAGGAAACGUCUCUCCAAACUAAUCAAGAAAUUCCAAGAGCUCUCUGAAGGUAGUAUAUCUCAAGCUGGUUUUGCUGAGGACAUUUCUGCUGAUGAAGAUAACCAAGCUGUCAGUCAAGGAAGGCAUAAGAAAAAAGGAAAUAAUCUUUUAGAGAAAAUCGACGUGGACAAAGGGAAAGGAAACAAGUUCUUUCCUGCUGAGGAAGAGGAAAGUAAAGGUGGUGUUCACAAGAGGAAAAGGAAAAAGAAGAGGAACUAUCUUCAGCCUGAGCAUUUAGGGUCAGGGGUCAAAGCCAUGCCCCCAGAACAGAAUGGGGGCAGUGAGCCAGAGGCAGGUCCAGGAAGAGUCCAGAAGCUGGGUGUGGUUGAGCUCGGGGCAGAGUUCUCACCCAGCCCCCAGGGGCAGAGUGGCUCAGAGCGCCCCCCCUCAAACCCUCCCACACACAGCAGGAGGAAACGACCAAGAAAGAGGAGCCCCCGGUUCCAGGGACUGAUCUCGGAGUCAGUGGUGUCAUCUCUGGAGGACUUGUGUCAAGGUGGCCCCGGCAGUGAUUACGCUCUGGUGCCUGUCUCCCAAGUUUCCCCAGCCAGCGGAGUCCCAUCCCUGAAGAGGAAGCGGAAACUCAGGGUUCCCCUGGUCAACGGCAGCCCGCCCAUGCUGACCUGGCCCCCAGUCCGGGAGGACAGCCCUGCAGCGAGCCCAGCGGAUGGAGGGGACAGCCCAGCCACACUGCCUCAGGGUGGGAGACUGAAGAAAAAGAAGGGGGAGCCCAGCCGUCUUGACCUCUACAACCCAUCCACUCAGAAAACUGCCAUCUUCAAAAAGAGGAAGAAAAUGAAAGAGAUGUUGAACUUGGUUGAGCACAGCAGAGUAUUGGAAUCCGAACUCAAGCUCGUCCAGGCUCUGGGGAGCAGUGGAGCUCUCAGCCCUUUGAAGAAGAAGAAGCUGAGGACUGAGAAUGACUUUGUGAAGUUUGACACCCCCUUCUUACCAAAGCCCUUGUUCUUCAGAAAAGCUAAGAGCAGCGCUGCCACCCCUGUGACCCCUGCUGUGCAGCUCAACAAAACACCAUCCAGCUCCAAGAAGGUCACUUUUGGGUUGAACAGAAACAUGACUGCAGAAUUCAAGAAGACAGACAAGAGCAUCUUAGUCAGUCCCACAGGCCCCUCCCGAGUGGCCUUCAACCCUGAGCAGAGGCCCCUGCACGGAGUGCUGAAGACCCCCACCUGCUCCCCAGCCAGCACCCCCCUAGGGACCAAGAAGCCGCUGACCGCCACACCAAAGAGAAGGCCGACGGCUAUGGACUUCUUCUAGGAUGGGAGCCCUUUGUAAAGACUGCUUUUGUACAGAAUACUCUAUAAAUUAUAACUUUUAAAAGGUGGGGUAUUUUUUAUUGUUUUAUAAAUUCCUGCAAAUUGUAAAUACAAGGGUCGGAGUGUGAGCGGUGAUGCUGUUGUGGGCGUCUUGGUUGAAGUUUCACUACAGACAUCGUUGAGCUCACCAGGAAUCCACACUUGGGGGUCACUUCAGUGACUUCCUAGUGUGGGAGCCGAGAGCAGGUUGGCCUUCACCACUGCUGGGUGCUGUAGACACGGUGUCAGCCUGGAGCCGGGCUCCGUCCGCUGUCCGUGCGUGCGCAGCGUGGGUCCUCCUCCAUUUAAAAGCAUGUAGGGUUUUGUUCUCGUGCUCUGGGUAGUUCGCAGUUUUUGAUUGGGAUGGCUCUCAUAACCGAAUCCAAAAUACAGUGUGUCUCCACAUGUGCCCAGCUGGGCAUGACUUCUGAGUGGGGCGGGAGAGCAGAGCCUGUGGCCUGUGUCCUCCCCGUGUUCCUACCUCUCAGCCCAAAGUGUCCUCACCAGGGAGCAGUGCCCCCUUGGCUCUCCGGCCCUGGCCCAGCGCCACGCACACCAUCCAUCCGGGUCGUUGUGCUCUGGCUGCUGUCUGUCCAUCAUGUCUGCGCCAGCGACCUCCACGCCCGGCGUCCCCAAGGGCGGCUCCCACCUUACAGGAAAACUCAGUUCUGCAGGGGCGGGGCGGGCGCAGCAGUGCUGGAGAGCCGCGCGCCGCUGGGAGGCAGGCAGCAGCUUCAGAGUCACUCGUGUGUGUUUAUUUGUUUAAUAGCUGCCUUACAUUUGAAAUACUGAAUCAUGCAUUUAAAGAUUUUUAUCAAAUCCUCUUGUAAUUACAAAGAAUACCAAGGGUGGAAGGCACACAGUUUAGUUGGAGAAACAAAUGCAACCUGGAGCAGCGUUGCCUGAUCGUUGCCCUCGUUGAGGGAAGCUGGUCUCCCUGCACCUGAGUGAAGGAUGAGGCGCAGACCCGGAAGGCAGGUGGUCGCCGCAGGAAAGCCCCUGGGCCCCGGCUUUCUCGAGUUUGCAAAUUGCAGACCUAAAGGAGGAGUUGUAACUUGGGGUGCAGAUAGUUUUGUCUCAGGUGCCCAGUGCUUCCCUAGCCAGCUCUGCUCAGGAAUCUCGGGCCCCCUCGGAGUGGAAGCCCCACCACCCAAGCAGGGGCCUGUGUCUCACCAAAACCAGGGCCAGCCCCCUUUGCUCCGUCCCAGCUGACGGCCCUAGCGUGUCCUCAGUGGUUAGGGCUGUGGCUUCAGGAGAAGGGAGGCCCCUCUGGGGUUUCAUCAUCUAGCUGACUCUGGUUUCCUUCGUCACAUAACCAGGGUGAGCUUCAUCUGCGAACUGAAGGUGGGCCAGCUUACCCACGAAGGCCAGUCCGAGAAGGAGGGGACUGUUCUUUGCCCACCCUUCAACAGUUUUGUCACAGUUAGGCCAGGAAAACAAACGACAGACAUUGUGUUGCUGUUAGCUCUUCCUUGUCAUGAGAAGUCUUAGGUCCAAGACCACUUCAUUGUAGUUGCAUGAUUUUAGUGUGCUGUGUUUGAUGUCACACCUAAAAUCAUUCAGAACCAAACUGAUGUGUGAAAACAUGAAUUGGAGUAGUCAAAUCUUUUUUAACUUUGUUUUUUAAAAAAGGAUUAUCCUUGGUCAUAUUUUUCUAACAACUUUUAUUUCAGCUUUAAAGAUAGAUCUUAUAGCCCGGCCAGUGUGGCUCAGUGGAUGAGUGUCGUCCCAUGGAC